AAAGAUCUGUCUGCAGCUGAAAAAACCCAUGCCGACGUCCGGCUUAACCUCAGUUAUGGCCAAGGCAUUUUUGGCCGUGCAAGCACAACGCUUUCCCUUUACAGAAUCUCGAUCGAUCACACCCCCUGACUCAUGUUAGACCCUUAUUUAAGCAUAAAACUGAGUUUAAUGCAGGUGUCUGUGCAAAGAUUGUAAUUGCAGCCCUGGCUCUGUUGAGUGCAAGUCAUGGCAUUAAUGAAUGAUGAAGCCCAUAUGAUUUGGGGCCUGUCUGCCUAUAAGGCUACCUUUCCCCCUAAGAUUCAGCCUGGCAUUUGAGAUUCAAUAAAGUGCCUCCACUAUUAGACCCUCAGUCAUGGGAUGGAGGCAAAUGUAUUCACUGUGUCCUAGAUUUCUCUCCUUUUUGGUCCCAACUUUAUGGCAUGGUGUGUAGCUCAGCCGCCUAUUCUUUGGUUGUCUGAGGACUCCAGGUAGGGCUGGGCAGAGGACGCAGUUGUAUGGAAGGAGCUGAGCUUUGUUCUGCACUUUCAUGGGUGGAUAUUUGUCAGCAAAGGAGUUAUAACUUUGAGCAGCUGCCCGGAGACAAGACGACAGGCCAUUAUUAAAAAUCUGAGUGCAAAUAAAUAAUGAGAAGGAGAGAGAGAGAAUGCACACGCACCAUGUUUUGAAAAAAGCAAAAGCCUCCCCCCAAAAAUGAGGAAAACCCAUUGGACAGAACGUCCCAUGGUGUGAAUCGGCUGUGUAAUAUAGCCUGCUGUCCACUAGAGAGAGGCAGAGCUCUUUGUCAACGGAGUACGAUUUGGAAAUACAGAGCUCAGAUGGAAACUAAUCCCUCCAAAAGAUUUAUAUGUCGACGUGAUCCCAGUGCCCAGCACAAGUUAGGGGGGUCAUAUUCUGAGAGUGUUUCGCAGUCGUGGUGAAUUGAGCCAUUCAUACAUGCAGUUCCCAUGUUUCGGUUGCACAGUGAAGGCCUCAUUUGCCUCUUGGGUUAUGCUGAUAUAAAUCAGACCUAACUCUAUUUGAAUUAUUUCUGAUUUGAAUCAGUGUAAAAGAGGGGAGAUUCGGGUCAGAAUGCUGAGGCUGCUCGUGUAAGUUAGUGUCACUAUGAGCGAGAUGGCCAACUCCUUAGCAAGCAAACGCCCAAAGACACUUGGGGUCUCAUCCCCUCUGAGCCCCUGACUGAUCUUCAGCAAGUCCCUCGACACCUGGAAAUUUUCUUGGUGUUUCUGCUUUUACAGUCUGCUCCCAUCCUUUUAGACCUGCUUGGGUUAAGGUCUGGGAAAGAUUCGGAAACAGUGUGGUGCCACGCUGGAGUUGGGAGUAUUGCUGUCAAUGCCAGUUCUUGUCUUCUUGGUUCAGCCUGCGCACCGGAUGAGCUGCUCGGUGAUAUAUUGUGGCCUUGCUCUUUUCUGAAACCCAGUUGGAGCAAGCAAGUGUCCAUUGCAUGAAGCAUCCUCUCCACCGAGCGCAGGCAAGCGCAGACAGAAGCGCUGAAUAGCAAGGUGCAAGCCCGUGGUCCGUGUCAAGCCUGAUGGGAGUAAAGUCCCACACGCACAAACCCAGGGUUAAUGCCCUUUAAUUUUCAGAGCUGCUGUGCUAGGUUGCCCUCCAGGUUGAGCGUGGAUCUUAAGGAUACUUUUAAAGGUGGCCGUGUGUCUAUCCACGUUGUUGGGUAUGGCUAUGAUCUUGACCCAAAUGGCCAUGCCUGAGCCAACUGAUCACAUCUCCUUGGGGCCAAGGAGUAGGACUGAGCGUGUUAUGCGGCACGGCCAUCGUGUGCAGUGUCUGCUAGUUGUUUCCUUGCCUUGGACCACCCCCAAAUGCUCUACCUGUGCUCUGCAUGUGGGCUGGCCCCUUUUACCAGGUGCCCUUAGUGUGCUGAUCUGAAAUAAGGAAUUUAGCCCUAAAGGAACAAUUCAGAAAUACCCAUUGGGCUACAGUACCAAUGCACAUGUUCUCAUCUGCCUCGGCCAUUGCAGAGAGUUGGCAAAUGAUAAAGCCACAGCCUUCAAAGAGAGGCAUUGGCUAGUUGCAAGCCACCAGUGGCAAUGUUAAGCUAGUGAGAUUGCAGAUCACGCGGUGAGGACAGAGAGAGCGAGGGGGGAUGAAACUCUCUUCUUGGAUCAUUGCCCCUUGUUUGCAUUUUCAUUUUCUUUUCUGUCCUCAACUGUUUGUCUGUGGGCACUUCAAGGUUCAAAGAGGCCAUUGGCCCCACCCCCUGCCGUCCAUGUGACUUGGUGGUAGCUGCACAGGGUGAAACUUCUUGGUUUCUGUGCAGACCAUUUUUUCCUCUCCUUGCAGCUCUGCAGAGAACAGUGACACUAUCUUUGCUGCCUCAACCAUGGACAUGCGUGUUUUCAAGGUGGUGCAGCUAACCUUGGCCUGGGCAUUGUUAUCCGGCCACGAUGCUGUGAUGGCUACCGAGCCAGAGGUUAAACCAGCUUUCCUACGUGGAACUCAGCCAUCCGCCCAUCAUCAGUCUUCCACUGAUGCCAGCAACACGCUUCUCUCUAGCACCACAGGUUUAAUGACAACCACACUGCUAAGAACAACAGCAGAACAGGAACAGACUGCCACGCAGAUAGCAAACCAUCAGCUGGUUACAACAGCAUCAGCACUCAACACAAUGACUGAUGGAAGAGCUAAUGUCACCCAGCUGACCAACCAGGCAACUCACGCUAUAUUAACUAGAGAUAAGAACACGACUGCAAUGGCCAACCAAACUGAGAGUCACGCAGUAAGUGUUACGGCAGCAUCCAAGAUAACUUUAAAGACAACCCCAAAGUCAACUAAUCUAACAACAACUCACAAAACAACAAAAACUACAGCCACAACCAAGAAAACCACUGUUCACCCAAGAACCCAAGUCACUACGCCUGCAACUACAGCUGCUACCACUGCUGUACCGCCUACCUUUGCUCCUCAGCCAUCAACACCCCAGACUGGAAAUUACAGUGUCACUGAUGGAGAAAUGACCUGUGUGCUAGCAGUGAUGGGACUGGGGCUGAUCGUCCACGAUACGGUGAAGAGGAAUGUGGGCUACUUCAAUAUUGAUCCCAACAUGACUCAAAUAUCUGGAACCUGUGUAAUGGAGGAGUCAGUGAUAACCAUAUCAUUUAAUGGAGGGACAAUACGCUUCACCUUCUUAAAGAAAGAUCCAGAAUAUUAUGUCAGUGAACUUGAGGCCAACUUAGAGAUACCUAAUGAAGGUUCGUGGAAGAAGAUAAUUAGAAAGCCCAUGUUUACAACUAAACUGGGGGAUUCCUUCAAGUGUCUCAGCAAACAGACAGUGGACUUGGAGAACCACUUCCAGCUGAUCAUUGUUAACAUGCAACUACAAGCUUUCAAAAUUGUUGGUAACACGUUUGGGAAAGAGGAAGAAUGUCCCCUGGAUAGAAACAAGAAUACAGUUCCUGUAAUAGUGGCCCUGAGUAUCCUGGCAAUUGUUCUCAUUGUGCUCAUCACGAUACUGAUUGCCAGAAGGAAGAUAAAUAGAGGAUACGAACGCAUCUGAAUCGCCAGUGUGCUUCACUUGGACAAGCACCCAGCUGGCGUCAACAUUGGUGACCUUACAAUUGGCUUGUGUGAUUGUUUUAGUCCUCAUGGUAGUUACCCUUUGUGGGAUCUGCCAUUAGCGCUGACUGCAUGCAUACCAGAGAAUGCGGCUGAUCAAAAUAAUUUCGUAUCAGUGAGAACGACGGUACACGGAGAGCUCUGAGAGUUUCAAGUCUAGCAUAACUGUUCCUUCUAACAAAGCUGUUAGAGCAACGUAAAAUGCCAGAGUGUAUAAGUCUAGAUUUGAAGUUAAGUAUCUGCUCGUUAUACUGAGUAUAUGUAUCUAAAAGGAAGGAGAACAGUUGUGUUAUAAUUCACUUGCACGUCAAAAUAAUAGUUUCAGUUCUUCUUUAAAAAAAUCCGGCUUCUUGAUUUUUAUAAUACAGCUUAUAUUACAUACUAAGGAAAUGGGUUAAUUUAAGGAAAAAAAUAUUGGAAAAAUGAACCGGCCAAGUGCAUGCAACAUAGAUGCUACUGCCUGAGCUUGUUACUGGAAUCAUAUUGGCACAGAUGUUUGGAUUACUGAGGUAGCUAAGCACCCAAACUCUUCCAACCUGUUUAAUUUAGAUUUCUUUUUCAUUUAUAGUUAAGGUUUGCAUAGGGUUCUUGUAAAUAGCUAGCACCCACUGAAAUCGCAAAUGUUGGGCUACCUGAUCUGUACGGUUUCCAAUCUUGCAUCAACCAUAAGAUUUUUUUUUGUUUUGCUCAUUGUGUGGCAGCAUUUAUCAAUUAAUCGUCAGUCUUUUAAUAUUUGAUACAGCAUUGUAGAACGUGAUUUUAUUUUUGCUAUAACUAUUCUUAAUGGCUGACAAUUCCUGUUUACUUGUCUAGCAACCUCUGUCAGUCUUACGGCAUUCUAUGCCUGUUCUUGACUAGAAUUAGUCAUACUGUUGGUGACGGAGAAGUUGGAUUGCAUGUUGCUUGCUCAUUUUUUCCUAUUGCAUUUAUUUUUUGGAAAAAAUGCCUCAGCUCCUUUCCAUGGCUAUGAGUAGAGCUGAAACUGCAUCGCACAGCACAGGUGCAAUCUACACUGCAAAAGCGGCAUUAGGGCCAGAUACACAGCAGUGAAAGAUGCAGCUCGAUAUAUAGUCAUUAUAGAUUGGUGAUUUAUACCAGUGGAGCAUCCACCAUGCUUUCCUGAUUUGCACCAACUGAGAUUCUGGCCCUUAAUGUGCAAUCAUAUUCUAACCCAAUUGCAACACUCAGCCUGCCCCAAUCCCCACCAUAUAUGCUUUCUUCAAGAAACGUGAACAACCUGCACCAAAGACAUCUGCAAAGGCAAUUGCUCGGUCAGGAAAUAUUGUUUGCCUGAGUUUUAUGGGGAGCCAGAAUGGGGUAGCCACAUUGCACCCUAAAUUGCUGAAUACAUGCCCUUUUUUUCUGGCAGAUGUAUGUGUUCCUUUCCUGCCUGAGCUUAGCUUAAUGCUUGGUAGGUAGUUUAUCUUCCAAGGGUGUGUUUAAAUAAUGAAGCUCCUAGGGCAUUUCUGCUUCAGUAGGAGGGCCCUAUAGAUGUAUUGCCUCUUGGUUGCAGGAUUGUUCAAUGUUCUGUUGUAAGAAACAUUCCAUACCAAACGUGGGUCCCUAAGGAGCAACCUGGAGAGGUUUUCAAGAUCUUGCUAUAAAAUGUCUUGUAUAAAUAGAUGUGCAGUCACCAUAAGACUACUAUUGGCACUGAGCCUUUUCUUUUACAUACCUCUUUCCCUGCAUGGUGUUUUCAUACUUGCAGAGAUCACUGAUGAGAAGAUGAUUACUGAAACCUACCCUUCUAUGGCUGCUUCUUGCCCAAACUGGACGCUUGUUCCAUGAACAGCAUCACAAUAGAGUUCAAGUUAGAAUCUACCUACAGGAUCCAAAAUAAAGAGAACACCUGAAUCAAAUGCCUGAUGCUCCAUUAAGAAUUGCAGCCCAGAUCAUUUCAUACACCCUAUUGCAAGUGCAUGGCACAGCAUAUGAAAGCAUUUUCCAUUCUUUAUUCUUAGUCAAAAUGCUGAGUAAAUUAUAAUGUAGGUUUUUUUUUUAUUUCCGUAGUCCCCAAUUUCUUCAUGAACUAAAAAUCUGUUGCUAAAUUCUCCAAGGAGUGAGGAGGUGGAUUUAGAUGAUUUUUCCUGAGAGUAUAGAGUCUGCUGGCAUUUAAUUAAUCUCCUCAACUGUUAUCUUGCUCUGAAGGAUGGAUCCUAACUGAAUUACCAAGGUGUGAAAAUAGUCUACACUUUGUACUGUUCUACUCUUGGACUUUCUGUAAUAAAGAUUGUGUUCAUUUGUUA